GGCAGCGCGUGGGGCGGCCGAGGUUAUUGGUGGCGUGGGGUGACGGCGGGGUGGCGGUGCCACGGGUGUCGUGGCGGUGCCGCGGGGUGACGCAGCUGCGCCGUUGCCAUAGGGUGAUGUGGGGACGGCAGCUCCGGGGGGUUGACGCAGCGGUGCCAUCGCUUUGGGACAUGACACAUCCGUGCAGGGCGGUGGCGGUGCCACGGGUGACACAGCAGUGUCACUGCCACAGAGUGACAGCGACGACGUACACGGACAAAGGGGAAAAGCACCAGCGAGGCCGCUUCAUCCACUUCCACUCCAUCACCUUCUGGGUGGGCAAUGCCAAGCAGGCCGCCUCGUACUACUGCAACAAGCUGGGCUUCGAGGAGCUGGCCUACCGCGGGUUGGAGACCGGCAGCAGGGAGGUGGUGUCACACGUCAUCAAGCAGGACAAGAUCAUUUUCGUCCUCUCGUCGGCGCUCAAUCCGGGCAAUGAGGAGAUGGGUGAGCACAUGGUGAAGCACGGGGAUGGUGUGAAGGACGUGGCCUUCGAGGUGGAGGACUGUGACUUCAUCGUACAGAAAGCCAAGGAGCGUGGAGCUGUGGUGGUGAAGGAGCCCUGGGUGGAAGAGGACAAGUUUGGGAAGGUGAAGUUCGCUGUCAUCCAGACGUACGGUGACACAACGCACACCUUGGUGGAGAAGCUCAACUACAAAGGGCUCUUCCUGCCUGGGUACCAUGCGCCCCUCUUCAGAGACCCACUGCUGCCCAGGCUGCCGAGCGCCAAGCUGAGCUUUGUGGACCACGUGGUGGGGAACCAACCCGACCUCCAGAUGGUGCCGGUGGCAGACUGGUACCAGAAGAACCUCCUCUUCCACCGCUUCUGGUCGGUGGAUGACAAGCAGCUGCACACCGAGUUCAGCGCCCUGCGCUCCAUCGUGGUCACCAACUACGAGGAGACCAUCAAGAUGCCCAUCAACGAACCGGCACACGGCAAGAGGAAAUCCCAGAUUCAGGAAUACAUCGAUUACUACGGAGGGGCCGGAGUGCAGCACAUCGCACUCAACACCUCCGACAUCAUCUCGGCGAUCACCAACCUGAAGCAGCGUGGCAUGCAGUUCAUGGACGUGCCAUCCAGCUACUACCAACUGCUGCGGGAGAGGCUGAAAACUGCCAAGAUCAAAGUGAAGGAGAGCAUUGACAAGCUGGAGGAACUGAAAAUCCUGGUGGACUUUGAUGAGAAGGGAUAUUUGCUCCAGAUUUUCACCAAACCAGUUCAGGACAGACCCACGGUGUUCCUGGAGGUCAUCCAGCGGCACAACCACCAGGGCUUUGGUGCUGGGAACUUCAAGUCCUUGUUCGAAGCCAUUGAAAUUGACCAGGAUGCACGAGGCAACCUGACUGUCCUGAGCCCCAACGGAGAGACCAAGCGCAUGUAGAGGCGGUGUGCGGGCUGCCCGUGGCGCUGGGCCACAAGGAGCUGAAUCACAAACAAAGUGGGAACUGGCUGUGCUUUGUCAACAGCCCAAACUUACAUGUGACAAACGGGAUGUUGCUGCCAAGCUGUGAUGGGCAAGGAAGGACCCAGCCCAGGCUUCGCAUGGGAGAGGGAACGUGGCCGAUGCCUUCACCCCAGCACAACCCCAUCCAAGCCCCCAAAUCCCAAACACAGCACAGACUCAUGACACACGUGUAGGUUCUAUCCUACAUGAUUUUAGGGCAGCCACAGCAUUCUAGAACGAGAUGAACAAAUUUACAGGCUUCGGCUUUCCCACCAGUGUCCUGUGGCAUUGCUCUAGGACCUGUCAACUCCUGAAUUAACAAAGGGUGGAAUAUCUCCAGUGUCUCAAAAAGAAAUUGCUGGGUUUGUGGCCACUGCCCGCCCCUCUGGGUGCUGUCACAGUCCUUGCAUGGGGACUCUCCCCCCUGCCAUAAUAAAUCCGUCUGUCACAGCUGAGUGCUGCUGAGUCUGCGCUGCGGUCACUGGGGGCCAGGGAGGAGCUGAAGCUCCAGGUUCAGCGCCAGGAGCUGCCGUCAUUGUGUCACACACCUUGCUAAUAAAUACCUGCUGAGCGUGUCCCAGCCCUGCAGGUGUCCACAGCCAGCUGGAUGGGGCUCUGGACAACCUGCUCCAGUGGAGGGCAACCAGCCCUUGGCAGAGGUUGGAGCUGGAUGGG